GGCGGGGCAGUUGAGAGUCGACCGUUGCCCCGACACAGUGCUGCCAACCUACACUCGCGCUACCUGCAACUGUCUAACCGAAAAUUUCAUUCCAAUUCCUCAUUGCGAUUUCGUUGCUAAAUCGUGUGAUCUCUGGUGCAAGGAAAAUGCGCCCUUGGUGAGAAAAAAAACGUCCAGUCGAUUAGACAAGAAAAAUUUUGCAAACGAUUUAGAGAUGAAGCCUGGACGCUUUCAUUUCACAAAGUGGCCGACGACCACAUUGCUGGCCGUCUCUUGUUUCCUUGUUAUUCUUUGCCAUCAUCGAACGGUGAGUGAGUCCAUCUUCAACCCAAGUGUGACGGACAGUCAGUUCAUGACCAGGGCACACAGUCCAUACCAUAUUCGUGAUGUGAUUCAUAUCGAAAAAACGGGUUCGCUCAACAUCGAGUCGGGCGUCGUCAUCAACUUCCAUCCAGGUGCUGGGAUUCUCGUCAAAGGUGCCCUCAUAGCCAAGGGCAAUGCAGACGCUAGGAUUGUCAUGAACGCCAUGGAAACGGGACCUGCUCGGUCGCUACCUGAUGUCCGGUUAGUCGAUGGACCUACUCCAUUGUCCGGCCGUUUGCAGAUCCACCAUUUGGGUGAAUGGCGUUCCGUUUGCACCAACUCUCGGAACUGGACCGUGACGGAUUAUGAGACAACCUGCCGACAGAUGGGCUAUAAAGGAGGACGCUACGUCCAAUGGAUGGACCGCGUCAAUUCCUCAUCCAGCCGUCCUCUCCUACUGGAAAACCCGCGAUGCUAUCCAGGCGGAUCCAGUCUUUUCCAGUGCGACUGGAAUUCAAGAAGAGUCGGCGCUGGUGUAUGCGAUUACCAUCCGGAUUUGGGCAUGGAGUGCUCGGGUUACUACUCGGCGGAAUCGGGUCUAGUUGGCACCCGUUGGCGAGGCAUCCGCUUCGAGCACGCCCGACACAAGAAGGACCUGACGCAGGGCAACACCCUCUACGUCAAGAUGUCGGAAUCUUAUUUGCAUUACGUGGACAUUUUGAACGCCGGAGUGGACCAUGACGGCAAAAUCGUUUCGGCUCUGGAGAGCGUCGGAGUGGCUCCACAAAUGGAUAAACUCCGGGUUGAAGGAUCGGCUUACAACGGCAUUAAUGUGACGUCACCGGACUCUCCAGUUGUGGUGCGCGGAGCCACCGUGACGGGCAACGCCGGAUACGGAAUUUACGUCAACACGUCCAGCGGUUCCGUCCUGUUGGACGCUUGCACAGUGUCCGACAACGGCCAGGAAGGUGUCAAGUACGUCUUUCACGACACCAGACCGGGCGAUCAGUCAGGAGACGCCGUGGUCGGUACCCACGACCUCUGCACUUCGGCCAGCACAUCGAAUCCCGUUUACCCGCUGCCCAUCCUGGCCGAGAGCUACCACGAAAGCAUCGCCAAUGCCCGCUGCGAGAAGCGAUUCACUUCGACUCUUGGCCAGGUUUUGACGCUCCAUUUUGUUUACUUAAUGGCCGACAAACCCGAUGCAUCCGCCGACGUUGUCGUCCACGACGGACCGGAUUCCCGUUCGCCGCUCAUCGCCAAAUUCUCAAUCACCAACAGCACCCGCCCUCAAAGUGUCACCACGACCCGGAACGCCAUCUGGAUCUUGUACACGGCCCGGGCUUCCAGCCGGACUGUCCUGCAGAUGGAAUUGACGUCCGGUUUCAGUAAAAGUUACGAUCUCAAUUUGACCAAUUCGGUCGUGACGAGCAACGGCGCUCGGGGCGUUCUGGCCGAGAACAUCCGGUCACUUCUGCACGUCCAGGGGUCAACGCUCAGAGAGAACCGAAUGGCCGGCGUUCAAGUCCUGGACGGCGCCGGCGAUGUCAAUGUCACUUCCAGUUUCGUUGGAUACAAUUGGGGCGACGGUGUCAACAUGACCUAUUCCGGCGGUCGUGUUAACGUCUCCUACUCCGUCAUCGAAUCCAACAGGGGCCAUGGAGUGGUCGCCUGGUUCAAUCAGAGCUCCUUGAAGCUGGCCCUGAAUCAGGAGUUUAUCAUAGCCUACAACACCCUAACGGCCAACCAGUGGACGUCCGUCAUGGUCGGCAACUUCUGCACGGCCGGAAGCGUCAACGUCAGCGGCAACAUCUUCAAUCAAAGCCAAUGGAACGCCUUGGAGAUCCUUUCUUGCUGGAAUCCUUCCACUCCUAUGAGACAAAUCCACGUCGGACACAAUCAGUUCCAUCACAAUCAGCGGGUGGGAUUCGUCAUGUCGCCCGCCGUAUCCAUGGUGGCCGUCAUCGAACACAAUCUCUUCCGCAACCAUCAGCAGGGCUGCCUACUCAUCCGCAAUCCGGACGCUUUGGAACUGGAAUCCCUAUCCAGCGAUGUUCUAGUGAUCAACAACCGGUUCGAAUUCAAUUCCGGUUUGUUCGUCGCCAACCUGGGCCUGUCCCAGUAUUCCGGCGACGCCCAAAAAUUGUUUUUCACUCGCAACUGGAUCAAGCGGAACAGCAUCCGGCAGCCGUUCAGUUCGGUCGGACUCCACCCGCGUUCCAGAGUCGCCGCCGUUGUCGUCGUCGGUUCCAGCAACGUCAAUGUCACCCGCAACAUGAUCGACAAUCCCGAUUCGAAUUACGAAAUCGGAUCCCAGUUGGAGGACCAGCAGCUGGAAAUCUCCGCCGUCCGGAAUUGGCUCGGCGGCAAAGCCGAGCGCCACAUCUACUACCGCCUUUUCGACCGCAAGGAUCGCUACAAUUUGGCCCGCGUGGCCUUCAAGCCGUUCCUCCUUCACGACACCAAUUUCGACACGGACGCCGAGUCCAACAUUCAGGAUUUCGUUCCCACGUUCGUCACGCCGGGCAGUCGAGAAAUCGGAGGAGAAGUUACCGGACAGGAAGAGCUUAUCGAUCCUGGUGUGUAUCACGUGACUCGAGACAUUGUCGUCCAUCCAACCGGUCGACUGACAGUCGCCUUUGGGGUAACUCUCCGCUUCGAGCACUCGCUGGGCAUGAUGAUCGGUGGUGAAUUGGUGGCCGAGGGGUCCACUUCGACCGAUGGAAGCAUCACUUUCUCGCUGAUGGAUCGCACCAUUAGAGAGAAUACAACGGUGGAAGUGCCCGUCAGGCUGGUGGGGGGAGCCAGCAACGGUGAAGGUCGCCUCCAAGUGAAAAUCGCUGGCCGUUGGGGCAGUGUUUGCAACGAAGGCUGGACCAGGCAAUCAGCCGCUGUGGCCUGCCACCAGAUGGGACUGGUCCUCAACCCUCGUGACUGGUUCAUUGACUCCAGCCAACUUCAGUCUUCCAUCGGACUGGAGGAUCCCGUCUUGAUGAGUCACGUCGACUGCUCCGUGCUGGACACGGACGUUCGAUCGUGUUUCCAUCAACCCACCGUCAACCAAACGGAAAACUAUUGCGGUCACGACUUGGAUGUCGGCCUGCGCUGUCACGACGUCUCGUGGGCUGGAUUGCGUUUUGGCAUGACGGCCAAGAAAUCCGUCCUCCGGUCGGCCACAGUCGAGCGCGCCGGGCUCUUCGAUUAUGCCACUCAUUCGUUCCAGCCGGCCGUUCGUAUCGAUUUCCACCAUCACGUCCUCGAUCGGCUCCGAUUGGUCGGCAACGAUCACGACGGUCUGGGAAUCAUGUAUUCGGAUAUUUACUAUCCGGAACGGAUUCCCAGCUUGAAGAACAGCCACAUUUCUCAGAAUCGCGGCCAUGGUGUCAGCCUGCGCAGUCUGGGGCUCCAGCUGGCCGAGUGCCACAUCGAAGAUAAUGUCGAGUCGGGCAUCCAUUACAAUCCGAUGAUUGCCCGUCAGGAAUUGCGGGAAAUGGUCGGCUGGCUCAGCAUUUUGAAGGCCAACAAAUUCAUCCUGAUUCCGGAGACGAAGGGAACUCUGGAACUUGUGCCGGACGAGCCCCGCUACCUGAAAACGAGUCGCCUAAAAGCCAAAGAGGAGGUGGAAUCGACUCUCAUCAUCCAGACGGAUCAGCGGAAUGUCAUCGGCAUGCAGGUCAUCAAUCCGAUCCAGAAUUCCAGCACGGAAUCCGUCCUCUUGCUGGAUUACGGCGACUUGAGCAACGAAGUCUGGAACGUCCGCGUCAAUUUGACAUCGUUCCCGACAGUCAGCAGCUCCUACAAGUUGACGAUCAAAUACAAAAGUGGACAGGAUGCCAAGGGCGGCAUGCUCAUCUUACUGACAGCUUACAGGCGGACGGAUUUGCAAGUCCAGCGAUCUCGACUACUUACUGGACCCAUUCCCAUGCUGUCCAUUUCGUCGACCAACAUCCGGCGCAACGGCAAAGGUCUCUCAUCUCUUCAUUACAAUUUGUUCCUCAGUCCGGGCGGAAAUCAUCAUUACCUCCGCAAAGCCAACGAGACGAUCCAGCUGAUCGGAUGUGAAAUCUCCCAGAGCAAAGAGGAAGCCGUUCUGGUUCACACACCUUAUCGCGAUUCCGGACGUCAACCGCUGGCCGAGAUCAAGUACAUCAUGAAUUACACGACGGUGACGGACAAUCAACGGGCCAUCGUGCAAAACGGCCGGGAUUUGCGGGAUUCCAACAACCUUUUCCACUGGAUUCUGCAGAACGACACGAUCCGCAACAACCGGGGAGGCGGAUUCGACAUCCGCCUGCCUUACGUCCUCCAGUACAACGAGAAUUACACUCACUCCGUCUACGUGGCGGACAGCACCUGGACGGCCAAUCGACAGUUCGGUAUGGUCGUCGGCGGACACUUUGCCCGCCUCAACAUGACGGACAACAUUUUGGAAGAUAACGAAGGCCAGCCGGGUUUGAUCAGCUUCCGCGGCAUGGAGAAGGAGAUGUUCAUUUUGCGCAACACUGUCCGCCGGAACACGGGCAACUUUAUGGUCGAAUUCGACAUGGACAGCCAGUCGGAAAUAUUGGGCGAAGUCUCCGCCUAUUUCACCCGUAACGUCGUCAAGGACAACGGCCACGCAACCCGUUCCAUGAUGUCCAAUCCGCACUUGGCCGCUUCCUACGCCGUGGCGUUGAAAGGUGUCCAGAAGGUGAACGUCACAGACAACAUGAUCGGCCCCAACACGGCCAUGGAUUACGAACUGUUGGCCGGAAUUCGCUCUUCCAGACUGGACAAUUUCGUCAACGUCCAGCGCAAUUAUUGGGGAACACCAGAGCUGGAACACAUUCGCGAACGCAUUUUCGAUUUCGACGACUGGAACAGUUACGCCAUCGCUACAUUCCGUCCUUAUUUCCUGGAACCUACGUGGGAUGGUGGCCAGUCUGUCUUCUCUGAUAUCCUCCCACCUAUCAUGGACGUUGAGCGACUGGGCGGGCGACUCUUCCAGGACCUCGUCCUGCUGAGACGGGACCGACCGUACAUCGUCCACACGGAUUUGACGGUCAUGCCCGGCGUUACACUGACCAUAAUGCCUGGUGUCGAACUGGAAUUCUUUCCCAGCGUUGGCAUUCUGGUGCUGGGAGUCCUCCACGGCGAGGGACAUUGGGAAGCGCCCAUCAGAAUGCGUCCAGCAGCGCAGAAUUCAGCCAUGACGGUCAACUACCGAUUGACUCGUCAAGUGACAGCUGGCCAGGACGACAAUGUCCGAUUGUGCCUUGAAGGACAGUGCCUCCCUGGAGCCCGGCAAGGGUAUCUGGAGCUUUACAACCGGACAACGCAGCAGUGGGUGCCCGUCUGUGACCGUCGAUUCACCGAACAGAACGCCCGGGUCGUUUGCCGACAGCUCGGUCUCGACACCUUCCACGAGUACAAGAGCUUUGGACGUCGUUGGGAAUUCCAGCUGGCCACUCUGAGUCGUGUUCGUCAUUGGCCGGAACCCAUCCAGUGCAUCGGAACUGAAUCGAGACUGGAUGACUGUGAUAUCCGAUUGAACGGCCAGGUUUGGGAUCAUAUCUAUUCUUGCCCGUGGGAUAGCGAAGAGUUUGUCUUUGUCGAUUGCGGUAACCGGACGUCUGAAGCAUCGCCCAGUUAUUGGGGCGGCAUCCGCUUUUCCGUCUCGUCGUUCGAGGACAACUUGGUGGAACUUCGUUCAGGACUGCCCGUUCAUUUGGAUGCCAACCUGGAGCGCCAUUCCCGGCUCUAUUACGUUCACAUCACUGGCGCCGGAAUUCUUCACGGUGAAAGAAGCCCCGCCGUCUUAUCCGUCCAUCGUACGCCGACCAUUCAACAGGUCAACAUCACUCAUUGCGCAUCCGAUGGUAUUUCUCUGGUUUCUCCGUCGCUCAACUUGCCAUUGCUGGACAACCGGGUCGAGUACAACGGCGGAAUCGGACUCAGCGUCCUGAUGUUGAACGGGGAGACCCGCGAUGCCGAUCUCAGCGCCUUCAGUCCCCUUCGUUUUGCUCGGGGUCUUCCGUACAACACAUUCGGCAUUCUGGACGCUUGCGAUCCUGGGAAACAAGUGAUUGUCGAGGAGCGUAUCUUGGUCUAUUAUCGCUACGAGAACCGGCCGGCUGAUUGCGUGAAAAUCUUCACCAGCCGCUACGGCGUCAAAACCUUCGGCUUCCGGCUGUUGCAGCUCAAUUUGGUCAAUUCGACCAACCAGCCGUGGGACCCCGACUCCUUGACGCUUUACGACGGCGACAUUUACAACAUCACGUCGACGGUUAUCGCACAAAUCGUUUCCACCACCACCGGGCCGGCCAUGGAGAACCGAUUGUAUCGGAGCAAGAAACCCAGUUUGAGUUUGAAGAUCCAUUCUUCCGGCGACGAUGGAUCGUACGGUUUCAUAGCGGAGGUUAUCACUCUGCCCAUCGCAGCUAUAGGAUUUGGUCGAGACAUCCGCCACAACAUUUCCUUUUCCGGAUUUUUCCACAACAGAGCGGGUGCUGUGUACUAUUCAAGCGCCGGUGAGAUCAAUCCUAUUUUGACGAUGGAGUGGAAUCAGAUUGUCGACAACGGAGCCCAGCUCUAUGGCAAUUUCAGCACAUCAGAAGCGGCUGUAGCCCUGGACGUCCAGAAUAUGGAUUCUCUCUUAUUCAGGAACAAUUUGAUCCGGCGCAAUCAAGGUGGAUUAAAAAUCCAAUCGGAUUCCAACGGAGUUCCAACCGCGCUCAAAGCAGUUAUUCACAACAACGUCUUUGCCGACAACAACGUGACGGAAACGGUUUACUUGCAAGGCCGUCGCUCCAGUCCCUAUCAGGAAGUCACGCUGUACCACAAUUAUGUCACGAGGAGCAACGUCCGCUACAAAAAUGUCAUGUUGCUAGAUCAAGUGGUGGCUAACCUCACCGAAAAUCACAUCUUCAACAACCUUGGCUACCACAUUAUGGAAGUCUACGGCUUCGGACGCGUUCGUCUGCCCAUCUACCAGACUUUUUACCACAACAGCUUUCACAAGAAUUACGCCAUGGAUCGUGACAGCCGUGGAACCGUCAUCGCCGGAAGCAGCGGGCAGCGCUACAUCAACAACGUUUUUUACAAUCCGGACAAUGAUUACGAAAUGAUCGCUCUGAAUUGGACUGGCAACGCUACUUGGGAAGCGAGUUUGGAGAUGCAACGGACGGCCAUUGAAGCUGGAACUAACUGGUGGGGAUACAACACGACGACGGCCGUUGUUGGUCGCAUCCGCGACUUCCGGGACAUACCGGAAUUGCUCCAAGUUCGCUUCGAGCCGUAUUACUUGAACAACCGCACCGUUCUGAGUGGCAAAUGCGAUCCAGGCUGGACGCAGGUCGGCGACACCUGUUACGUUUACAUCGGCGUACCCAUGAACUUCUCGGACGCCAAAGAGUUCUGCAAGAAGGAUAACGCUUCGUUGCCUUACUUGAUGAACAAUUAUUACGGCGUCAUGGAAUUCCUCAUUUCGCAGCAAGUCGGCUUCGAUUACUACGCCCGAGUUUGGGUUCAACACCUGGACAUGAUCGGCCAGUGUGUCGUUUUCGUCAACCGUCGAGUGGAAAGGUCCCCUUGUGAUUUGUUGCUUCCGUUUCUCUGCGAAGCCGAUCCUCAUGUAAUUUUGGAUCCCCUUGGAUGGACGGACGAUGCCUUGACAGUUGCCCUUUUGGGUGCCUCAGCAGCUGCUCUCCUCUUGAUUAUCCUGUGCGUGGCUUUUUGGGCCAGCAAAUCUAAACACCGUGCAGAAGAGCGGUUUGAGAGACGGAAUUCCAUCCGAGGAUCGAUUCGUUCCAUCCGCUCCUUUAACUCGUUGGCUUCGAGUUCCGGGUUCUUGGAUACGGCCGGCGCUCGGCGGAAGCCUUUGGUGCCCCCCUCCGCCCGUAAUGGCGGCAGUGUCGACUCCAUCGCCAAAUCUCAGUUCGAAUCUUCGGUGGAAGACAAUCGUUCUUACAGUAUUUAUGACGCGGAAGAACAUCCGGCCAACACGGUGGGUUUGCCUCAACCGCCGCAACAAGGUUUCUCCUAUUCCCAAUUGGAUCACCGAGUCAAUCGUCCAGCGGGUCAAACGGCCGUGGGCAAUCACCAUCCGAACGGCGGUCAGUUGACUUUUGAAAACCAGGGAUUCCGGGACACAUCCACCUACGCUUCACAUCCGGAAUCUCGACCGCCUUCCGACAUGUGGGGAGAUUCUUAUUCCAUCGACGCCCAAAGCAAUAUCACGACCAGCGUUAGCGUUCACCAUCACAAUGGAGCCGUGAGUUACCAUCCGCAGCCAGGCCGUUCCAUAAACGAGCCAGACUACAGCCGAAUCCGCUCAAGGAGCGAAGCCGGUGUUAUGGACAACUAUUCGACGGCCAGCGUGAUAACUGAUUCAACUUUGGCCAUGAAACGUGAAUUGGACGAUUCGGAUGCCGCCUCGGCCGUCACUUUGCCUCAAUCCAGACCAAGACCCGAUGACGCAUCCGGCCAAAACAAAAUGCAACCUUUAAUUAACCGGCCACCAAUGACUACGCGUUCGCAAACGCUGCUGGAAACGAAUUUCGAUACGGGAGUACCGGAAGUGCCACGACACGCAGUCACCACCGGCUACUUGGCCUCAUCCAACGAAAAUUUCUUCUUACCCCAUCGGUCCAAGAGUACGCCUCUCGAGACGGACAUGUAAAAAAAGACCCACGACGAUGAUCUCUCCUUCUGAUUUGUAUACUGUAUGGAAGUUAACCUCCAUAGUCGUGUCUUCAAAUUUGGUAUGAUUCCAUGACGUCUAAGCUGCCUUAUUUGCUGCUUUAAUUUUUAGCCAAAUUGUGAGAAUUUGAAACAAGUAACAAAACAUCAAGUCUUUGAUACCAACAAUUCCGCCCAAUCACGGACAUUGGAACUAAUGCAACCAAUUCCGGAAUUAAUUUUAGUGCUUCGUUUUUUGUUUUAUGUCAUCAUCGGGGAUUUCUCUGUGCUGUGUAUGUAUGAUUAGUUGUCUUCCAAUUUACCUGUAUUUCAAGGUUUUUACAUGCAACAUGUUUCGUAGAUGAUUGCGCAUAUUUUGUAAAUAAAAUAAACCAUGAAUUUGAGCA